AUGUCGUCACUAGUUGAGGAUCAUUAUGAGCGAAGUGAAACCCUGGAACGAUAUAAGAAAUAUUACCGAUAUUCAUCCAAAAUACUGAAUGAAUUUUCACCAGUACAGCAACAAAAUCAGCACAGUGUUCAGCUACCUAUGUCUGAUAUUAUUGCAAGCGAUUCAUAUAUAACACCAACGCAUCAUCCUACAAAUGAUUAUUCUCAACUGAAUACUCUCAAACGGAUGUCAACUGAGCGAUGCUACACAACAAGCGAUACCAACAAUUCAUCAUUUCAACAACCCGUCCCAGAGCAAUCCAAUUUCUCAUCGAAUUUGCUCAACAACAACAGUAAUGGCAAUAGCGAUGAAAAGUUGCAAUUAACGAUCGCAAAGCCUAUUGCUACCUACAUUAACAAUGCUAAAGAAAGUAUCAAAUCAGCUUAUCAGAAUCAAAUUGUGCCUGAAGUGUCGUCAAACGUUGCUAUCAAUACCAAAACGAGUCCUUCGCGCUUCAGUGCUUUCUCGCCGACAUCAUUUAGCGGGCGAAUGCAUGACCGUAAAUCAGGUUUCGGGAUUUCAUCUUUCAAUAAAGAGUUAGAUCGAAACGAGUUGUCGUUUGAAGGUGGAUCAAAUUCGAAAUCCGCGCUGUUAAAACAACGAUCAAAAGAAAAUGAACCUGUUACAAAACCAUCACCAUAUAUAAACAGUUCAGCGAUAGUACCAACUCGAAUAAAUGAUUCGGAGAAUAAACGAAAUUUCAGUUACGGCAGCGAUGAACUUAGUUUAUCAACAAAUUUAUUCAAAUUUUUAGAACUGAUCAAUUGA